AUGAAACCGCCAUCAUUCAAGGGGGGAAUAGAACCGAUGAAAGACAAAGCGUGGGUGUUGGGGAUAGAAAAGUUGUUCGAAGUUUUUCCUUGUACCGAAGCCCAAAAAGUGCAACUUGCUGCCUUCACGCUCGAAGACGAAGCACGGAGGUGGUGGAUGCUUACGAGAACUGUACACCAAGGAUUAACAUGGGACAGAUUUUUGGAACUGUUUUAUGACAAGUACUCUCCCCAAAGUAUGCAAGAUAAGAAGGUGACAGAAUUUGAAACUCUCAAACAAGGAAACAAGACCGUUGUGGAGUAUGAAGCCCAAUUCGCAGAACUAGCCCGGUUUGCACCUCAUAUAGUGGAUACGGAUUAUAAGAAAGCACGAAAAUUUGAGGGGGGAUUACAGAAUGCUAUCCUUGACCGAGUCAAUAUCUUGAAGUUACCCACCUAUGUUGAUGUGUUGGAGAGGGCUGUUAUAGCAAAGGGAAACAUUGCUGCUUAG